AUGGCAGGCUACCGCUCUCCACACGUAUCUUCCGAUGGCAGCAGUGCCUUCGGCUUUUCUUUGCCGGCCUCAAAUCAGCAGCAGCAAGACCAGCUGCUGAAGACGCCAGUCGCGCCUGUUAUGCCGGCGGCGGGCCCGAGGCUUAGGGACUCAUUCUUGGCCACUUUGCGCGAGUCAUGGGCCAGAUUGGAGCUCCAUGCUGGGGGCGGUGGCGGCGCUAUGGCCGCAGCCGCCGCAGGAGCAGCAGCCGCUGCUGCCGCUGUACCUAUGCGGUCCUUGGAUUUGGUAACAACGCCGACACGGACGAGUACUUCCUCGUCAGCGGCCGCUGCGGCUGCCGAGCUUGCGGCCGUGACGGCACGGGGCCAGCUGGCCGGCAGCCUUGGCGGGAGCGGUGGCGGCGGCGAUGUUGUUGUUGGUGGUGGUGGCGGCAGCGCCGCUGAUGCUGAUGGAGUUGAGCCCCUUGGUAGCGCGUUGUCUGCGGAGGACUUGCAGGUCGGUGACUUUAAUUUCUCGACGCAUCUGGUGGUGGAUUACAGCAAGCCGACCCGUGAAUCGCCGGCAACCCCUGGGCGUCGCUGGACAGGCAAACGCCGCGGCAAGGACGAUACGUUGAUUGGCAGCACUGGCGUAGAGGGUGGCGACGACGGAACCGCUGACCAUAAUGACAAUAACAGUAAUGAGGAGGAGGAAGGGGAGGACGAGGAGGGGGACGACGACGACGAUGGCGGAAGCCUCAGCAGCGUUGGCAGCAGCGGGAUGGGGUACGAUACCUCGGCAGAGGAGCAAGAGCUCGAGCGCCGCCGGAGCAGCAUGACAGGGAGCACCGCAGGGUUGCGGCCGAAGCCCUCUGGCGGCAGCGCGUCGGAUAUGGCACACGGCCCCGCGCCGUCGCUGCCGCAAGGCGGCGGUGGAGCCGCCACCGCCGCCGCAGAUGGCGGCAAUGGUGGCGGCGGCCGUAGGCCGCCGCUGCCGCCGCUGCGACUAUUGUCCGGCAGCCGCGGCGCCAGCGAUGGUGGCGGCGCCUCCACAACGGCCCCCUCGCUCUCCGCUCAGCAAGCUCCGGCGAUGCAGCAGUCGCAAGCCAGCAGCGGCAUGCCUUCGCGCGCUGCGGCGUGGUCAGGUAGCGUCUUAUCGAAGCUGGGGCUGCAUUGGGGCCGUGACCGCGGCGGUGAUUCACGGGAGGGCGGCGCCACCAGCAUCACACGCAACGCCUCAGCCGGCAGCCUGCUGCCCUUCCCUACGUUCCGGCAAUCCGUCAUGGGGUCCGGGCAGCCGGCAGCAGCGGCUCAUGGGUCCUUCAGUGAUAGGGCCCUGGAGGAGCAGUUGGCGGCUGGCGUUAACCUGGGCCUUACGCGCGGAGACGAUGCCGGCGACGGCAGUUCCAUUAGUGGCCGUUACUACCGCUAUGUGUUUGACCCGGCGGACGUGCAGGCGGAGAUGGAGGUGACGGCCCGAGUGCGGCGAGCUGCCGCGGAAGCCCUCAUGGAGGCCAAUUCCAAGCUGGCGGAGGCGCAGGCUGCGGCUGCGGCGUUGCAACAGCAGGUGGAGCAGGCCAAGCAGCUGGAACAGGAAUUGGAGGUACUGCGGGCUGAGCGAUCGGCCGCUCAUGCCGCCAAGGCCGCGUUGGAAGACGAGAUGGCUGCCGUACGGCGGCAAUUGGAGGCUAUAAAGGAGACUGAAGCCAGCCUGCAGGCUGAGUUGGAAAAUGUUCGCAGCCAGGCGGACAUUUGGCGCUCGUCCAAGGGGGGCGAGCCGGAGAAGCUCAAGCAGGAGAACACGCUGCUGAGGAGCCAACUGACAAACAGGCUUAGCGAGCUGCAGUCGUGUCGGUCCCGGCUGAGCGACGGGGAGACGGAGCGGCAGAGGUUGCUCAGGGAAGCUGAAGAGCUGCGGAAUAAGAUCCAGUGGCUGACCAAGAUCAAUUUGCAGCUGGAGACGGCCGCCUCGCAGCUAAAUGACGCCCGCCGGGCCGCUGCCGAGUGGCAGGAGCGCUUCAUGCGGGAGCGGAACGUGCGCAGGCGGUUGCAUGACCAGCUGCAGCAGCUGAGAGGCAACAUACGGGUCGUCUGCAGGGUCCGCCCGGUGCAGGUGGGUCAGCGGGACAUAGUGAGCUACCCGCUGGAGGGGCUGCUGGCGGUGAGCCCCCCGGACAAGAGGUACCAGGAGUUUGAAUUCGACCACGUCUUUCCGCCCUGCGCCGGACAGUCGGUGGUGUUUGACGAGGCUGUGGCCUCCCUGGUGCGAUCCGUGGCGAACGGCAGCAGCGCCUGUGUCUUUGCGUACGGCCAGACCGGCAGCGGCAAGUCGUACACCAUGCAAGGGACGUCUGAGGACCCAGCCCCUGGCGGAGGCGCCGACAACGCCAUCCCCGCCGCAACCCCCUUGGAGACGGGGGCUGACUCCACCCCUGCCGCCACCACCCCUGCUACCGCUGCAUCACCAAUAACUACUGCUCCCGCGAGCCUGGGCGGCUACAGCAUCCAGGUUUCCAUGUGCGAAAUAUAUAAUGAGGCGGUUUACGAUGUGUUGGCUCCAGAGGUGGGCGAAGAGGAUGCUAUGAAGGCGCUGGAGGUGUCGACAGCGGGCCCCUGCGAGCUGCCGCCCAGCCAGGACCGCAUCCCGGGUCGCACCUGGCGAUUACUGACCAGCGCAGAGGGGGUGGAGGCGCUGCUGAGGGAGUGCGCCAGGAACCGGGCAGCUGUUGCCGCCGCGCUCGGCAUCCAGAGCAGCCGCAGCCACUCGGUGCUGUCAGUGCGGGUGGAGGUGGCGGAGGGGGCCAGGACCGAGGGGGUCAGUGCGGUCGGUUGGCUGCAUUUGGUGGACCUGGCAGGAUCUGAGCGGGCGGACAAGAGCGAUGUCGCCGGACAGCAAUCCAAGGAGGCUCAGAUUGCCGGCCGGUCUCUGUCGGCACUAGGUGAUGUGAUUUCGGCGCUUCAGAGGCGCGAUCCCCACGUCCCUUUCCGUAACUCAGCGCUGACGGCGGCCCUUCAGGACUCCCUAUGCGGCGACUCCGAGAUCCUGUUGCUCUGUAAUAUUGCGCCCGAGGCCACGUCCGCCUCCGAAACCGUCUCCUCUCUCAACUUUGCCAGUCGGGCUGCGCAAUUAGAGCUUCUAGCGCGCCGGGCGGGCUCUGCAGAGCGCAUCGAUCGCAUGGGGCACACGUCUCCGGUUUUUACCGAUCGGCCACAGCAGGAAGGCAGCUGCAACGGUGUCAGCCGCGGCAGCGCCGCCGCAGCCUCGUUAACUUCGUCGCCGCUGCUUCCUCAUCCUCCGCUGCCGAUAAUGAACGGCACCGCUGCCAAGCUUCUAGCCGCCGGGAUACGGGGAGGGGGGUUGCGCUGGCUGCUCGCUUACAUCCGUACAACCGUGACGGACGGUCAUGGGCACCAGCGGAUAAAUGCCUCCCCAGAGAGCUAA